CGCGAGAUCUCACGAUCCGACGGCUGCAAAUGACUCUCCCCUUCCUAUAUAAAGCCUCGUUCCAUCCAGGGUUCCAGACCCAAACGCCUCACCACCUGUUUGCCGCCGCCGCCACCGCCACUUCGCCGGAACCCUAAACCAGCCCGGCCUCCUCCCAUGGCGCCGAAGAAGGACAAGGCCCCGCCGCCGUCCUCGAAGCCGGCCAAGUCCGGCGGAGGCAAGCAGAAGAAGAAGAAGUGGAGCAAGGGGAAGCAGAAGGAGAAGGUGAACAACUCGGUGCUGUUCGACAAGGCCACCUACGACAAGCUUCUCUCCGAGGUGCCCAAGUACAAGCAGAUCACCCCCUCCGUCCUCUCCGAGAGGCUCAGGAUCAAUGGGUCGCUCGCUCGACAGGCCAUCAAGGAUCUUGAGUCAAGAGGCGCCAUCAGGGUGGUGUCUGUACAUUCGAGCCAGCUAAUCUACACCAGAGCCACCAACGCUUGAGGCAUAAGCUUUCACUAAAAAAAAAGCUUGGGACAUAAUCAGUCUAGACUCGCAACCAAAAAAAUCGUAUUGUACGAUCUUUGUUGAUCUUGAGAUCCUGAAGAAAAAAAAUUGGGAGUUCUGAUUCCCAUGACAAUUGCAACAUGAAAUUGCUUAUCUUCACUGAAAUUCAAUGUUCAACAAGCUGGCUAUUUUAUUAAAUGGAAUGCAGUGAUUGUUUUAUCU